UCUGUUUGUAAAUCAUCUACCUGGGCUAUGGCAGGACUUCUGUACUAUCAGGAGUAUGAACCUUCAGAAGUUCAAAGUAUUGCCAGCCGAUAUGUAACCAUUUCCGUUGUUAGUGCUGCAUGGACUCUAUAGCACCAACACAAUGUAUUCCCGCUCUCCUUGGGGACACCUCUCGUUUCUAAGUCUGGUGUCAUUUCUGCUUCUCCUUCCUGCACCGUCCUGCCAUGGAGGAAAAGUCCUGGUCUUUCCUGUCGAUGGAAGCCACUGGAUCAACAUGAAGGUACUGAUCGAGGAGCUUCAUGCCAGAGGCCACACCAUCACGGUGGUCAGACCCUCCACCAGCUGGUACAUCACUGAGGAGUCACCGCUAUACACCUCCAUCACCAUCAAGGAGAAAGAAUCCUUAUACAGCUUCUUCGAGGCCUUCCUACAGAAGCACUUUAAGGCUCAGCAAGAGGUGGUAUCAACACUGAGGUUCUUCCAACUAACCAUGGAGUUCCUCAGUAUGAUAGAAGAAGCGCACUUCCUGGCUUGCGACACACUGGCUCGCAUGUUCGACGACAAGGAGCUGAUGAAGAGUCUCCAGGACGCUCAGUAUGACAUGAUGCUCACCGACCCUGCUAUGGCUGGAGGGCUGCUGAUGGCCCACUACCUCAAACUGCCUGUGGUGCUCAACGCCCGUUGGAUCACCAGUGGGGAGGGCCAUUUUGCCAUCGCCCCCUCUCCCCUGUCCUACAUCCCGGUCCCAGGGUCUGGAUUCACUGACAAGAUGACCUUCGUCCAACGGGUCCAAAACAUGCUGCACUACAGCAUCAUCGUGUAUCAGCAGAGGUUCAUGGUUGGGCCGAGUUAUGACGCAAUUUGCGCCAAGUACUUCGAAGGGGGCUGUGACAUCAUCUCCUUGAUCCAGGAAGCUGACAUCUGGCUGAUGAGGUCUGACUUUGUGUUUGACUUCCCCCGUCCCACCAUGCCCAAUGUCGUCUACAUGGGGGGGUUCCAGUGCAAGCCGGCCCAGCCCCUGCCUCCAGACCUGGAGGAGUUUGUCCAGAGUGCCGGGGAGCAUGGGGUGAUCGUCAUGUCUCUGGGGACUCUUGUCAAUGCACUUCCUGUUGAUAUCACAGACCAGAUCGCCAGCGUGUUCGCCAAGCUGCCUCAGAAGGUGAUCUGGAGGCACCGGGGCAAAAGGCCCUCCACUCUGGGCAACAACACUCUUCUGGUGGACUGGAUGCCCCAGAAAGACCUCCUGGGUCACCCCCAAACCAGAGCCUUUGUGGCCCACGGAGGAACCAACGGGGUCCAGGAGGCCAUCUACCACGGCACCCCAGUGCUGGGGAUACCCCUGUUCUUUGACCAGUAUGACAAUCUUCUGCGUCUGCAGGAGAGAGGCGCUGCCAAGAUCCUGGAGCUGGCCAUGUUCAACGGACCCAGUUUCCAGCAGGCUCUGAACCAGGUGCUCACCCACGCCCCCUACAGGGAGAACAUGCAGAGGCUGUCCCGCCUGCACAGGGACCAGCCCAUCAAGCCCAUGGACAAGGCCCUCUUCUGGUUGGAGUUUGUGAUGCGACACAAGGGGGCGUCUCACCUCCGUACGUCGGCCAACAGGAUGCCCUGGUACUCUUACCACUCUGUGGACGUGCUGCUACUGCUGCUGGCUGCUGGGGGAGGAGUCUUGCUCUUUACUGGGCUCCUGAUCAGGAUCCUCUGGAGAACCUGCCGGAAGAACAGGAACAAAACCAAACAACACUGACACCAGUAGCAGAAUCACAUUACUGGAAAUCAAGACUGUUCUCAGGGCAGACCUGCUCAUAGCUAAAUAGUUUUAAUUCUACCAUUUUAGGUAAUCCUACCCUUUUCCCUAAACUUAAUGUAGUUCUCCUAAACCACUGGGUAAGUUCUCUUAACCUGCUACAAAAAAAGUAACUUCUGUUAGUAAAAAUGAGCAGACACUGCCCUGAGAGCAGUGUUAGUAUCCACUAAUUAGAUACAUUAGAUGUUCUUUAAUCUAUAUGAAUUAUAAAUCUGUACUUAUAUCAGGAACAACAUCAAACAACUUAUUAAAACCUACAACAACCGUGCAGCCACAGGGCCUUACACCCACAGUGCCUUCACCCACAGGGCCUUACACCCACAGGGCCUUACACCCACAGGGCCUUACACCCACAGGGCCUUACACCCACAGGGCCUUCACCCACAGGGCCUUCACCCACAGGGCCUUACACCCACAGGGCCUUCACCCACAGGGCCUUCACCCACAGGGCCUUACACCCACAGGGCCUUACACCCACAGGGCCUUCACCCACAGGGCCUUCACCCACAGGGCCUUACACCCACAGGGCCUUCACCCACAGGGCCUUACACCCACAGGGCCUUCACCCACAGGGCCUUACACCCACAGGGCCUUCACCCACAG